GUGUGUUUGUGUAACAUGUUAGGAAAUCCAUCCAAUGCCCUUUAAUGCAAUGACAUAACUGCGUCCAUGGCGGGACAUCUGAAGAAGCAGCUAAAAGAUGCAGUGAAGAUCCUUGGCUCGGGGAGCCUUCUCUUGGCCUCCUACCUCACUGCAGUUGGAGAUGAGCGUUUCUAUACCAAUCAGCUGAUGCCCCUGCUGCAGAGGAUUGUGGGAGCAGAGACGGCGCAUGUGUUGGCGGUGAAGGUGAUUGGUCUGGGUCUGGUUCCUCUGAACCGCUACCAGGACCCUGCUUCAUUGGAAGUGAACGUCCUGGGAAUAAAGUUUAGAAACCCCAUUGGGAUUGCAGCGGGCUUCGACAAGCACGCAGAGGCCGUAGACGGGUUGUACAAGGUGGGUUUUGGCUUUGUUGAAGUGGGCUCAAUCACUCCCAAACCUCAGGAGGGGAACCCCAAACCACGCGUGUUUCGACUCAGUUCAGAUCAUGCAAUUAUUAACAGAUAUGGAUUCAACAGCUGUGGUUUGGCAGAAGCUCAACAGAGGCUCGAGGCCAGGAGAGACGCACAGCAACAGAGAAGUGAAGCUGGCCUUCCCCUGGGCAUCAACCUGGGAAAGAACAAGCUGUCCCAGGACGCAGGGGCAGAUUACUUGGAGGGGUUGAGAGCGCUGGGCCCGCUGGCUGACUACCUGGUGGUCAACAUCAGCAGCCCGAAUACGCCAGGUCUCCGGGACCUACAGGGGAAGGCUGAGCUCCGCCAGCUCCUACAUACGGUGUUGAAGGAGCGUAAUGCGCUGCAGGGAGAACGCAAACUACCGGUCCUGGUAAAGAUCGCUCCUGACCUCACUUCCCAGGACAAACAAGACAUUGCUGAUGUCGUCACUGAGCUGGGAGUGGAUGGUUUAAUGGUGUCUAACACCACAGUGUCCAGACCAGAAACGCUUCAGGAUUCAAAUAAGUCUGAGGUCGGUGGUCUGAGCGGCCAGCCUCUCAAAGACCUCUCUACUAGCACCGUGAGAGAGAUGUACCACCUCACUAAAGGUAAAGUACUGAUCGUUGGAAUUGGUGGUGUGGCCAGUGGGCAGGAUGCCUUGGAUAAGAUCCGUGCCGGUGCUUCACUGGUUCAGCUUUACACAGCUCUGACUUACCAGGGUCCGCCUGUCGUGACGAAGAUCAAGCGAGAAUUGGAACAGCUUCUUAAAGAACAAGGCUUCAGCAGCGUAUCAGAGGCCGUUGGAGCAGAUCACCGGGGAGCAGACAAGUCGUCUCACAAGCAGAGCCUGCUGAAAGAGAUGGUACAUGUCAAAGUAGACACACAGCACCUGUUGCUGCCGUCUCCUCCAUCAGGCCAUGUUACCCUCCACGUUCAGGAACUGUGAUGAAUCCUGAAUUAUUGCGACUGUCCAGCCGUCUGCCUUAAUUUCAGGAUGAAAUAUGGUCCGAGCUGGUGGCUGUUUAUAUUUUCUGCAAUUGUGAUGCGAAAAUGCUGAAGGGCAUCUCACCUCCACUUGAACAUUAUGGGGACGUUGUUAAUGAAAAACGUUGAUGUUGUAUUAGCUGAGGUGUGUUUGGAACUGAUUCAGACGUUCAUCCUUUGUUACAGUGUAACAACAAAAAGUGUUUGUCAAGUGCAUACUGACACCAAAGUGUAAACAAACUAACCUCAAAAACUAUUGAGAAAAUAAUCUGACGCGAUGUUAUUUAGAUAAUAUAACAAAUUUAAAUCUCUGUUUAGGAAUACAGAGCUCCCAUCUAAGAAUAGGGUAUUUGCAUAAAAAUAAGAUUGUCCCAUCCCUGGCAACUGAGAAACACUAUAUUUCCUUGAUCAAACUGUAUUUACGAAUUAUUUGUUUCAUUUGUUUUGUCAGUUGUCAUCAUACUACUAUUAUGAUGCUUUUUAAAGAAGUUAUCUGUGUCCACAUGUGAGAAAAUAACAACACCUUCAACUGGAGCUUUGAUUUUUUUGUUAUUUCUAUAAUACUGAAUUAUCACUUUAUGUGUUUUGACGGAACUGAGUCAUAAGAACUUCUGUGUUGUCCUGGACUCCAGAGGAUGAACCACACCAGGGCUCGAUGGUCACUUCUCUUCUUUUACUAUCUCAACAUCUGUUGGUCAGAUGAGGAUACGAUGACCACUUAAUGCUUCUCAGAGGAAGAAUUGGGAUUUAUUUCCUGUUCGCAAUCCUUGAGUUAUCAUGUGUGCAUUGUGCUGUGAGAUUAUCCCUACAUUGUGCGUUUGGUGAGGUUAAGUCGAGCUGUUUGAACCAUCCUUUUCUUGCUGCAACAAAAGACCUUGAAGCUGGUGAGAGAAAUGUGUCCCUGUUGGAGAGUCACAUUCUGCCUGUUUGGAGUAAUGUACUUCAAUCUGAAUGUGCUUGUACGGUGUGCCAUCCUUUAGAUUACAGGUUUGUUCCAGUGUGUCAACAUGUGUUGAGGUGAAUCAAUCACACAGACCGGAAAAUAUGCUUUGAGGUACAACUUUAAUAAAAGCAGAAGAAAAACAAGGUUA